AUGGAGACCCUCGUUCAGAUAUACGCCAACAACCCCAGCGUCCCCCACAACAACGAACAGCCGUCGAUCAUCAAGCUGAACGCAGCUUUCAUCGUCUUCACUGACUCCAUCAUCAUCCUGAGAAUCCUCGUUCGAGCAAGAAUCGUUAAACAUAUUGCUACCGAGGACUAUUUGAUGGUAGCAGCAGGUUUGUUCGCCACAGCGUUCUCUGCUAUGAAUAUAGUGGGCAAGUUAACCCCGCAACCGGUCUAUUUUCCCUCUACUAACUACUAUUCAGGCACGAGGCACGGUCUGGGUAGACAUAUAUACGACCUUCCCCAAAUGACCCUCAUCGAGAACGUCAAGAAGGUUAUACAAACGCUAUGGGUCAGCCAGGUCCUAUACGCAACAGCCCUGUCCCUCGUCAAAAUCUCCAUCAUCGCGUCCUUCCACCGCAUCUUCCCCACCAAGCCCCUACGCUGGACCAUGUACUCCCUUGGCGGCUUGAUCCUUGCCGUUUGGAUCGUCAACAUCUUCACCACCCUGUUCCAAUGCUCGCCGAUCUACGCAGCAUGGGACUUUCAGGCCAUCAAGCCCAAAUGCCUACCCAUCAUGAAGGUCUAUUACUUCUCCACGGCCUUCUCCAUUCUGACCGAUGUGCUGCUCUGUGUCCUCCCGCUACCCUUCCUGUGGAAGCUCAAACUUCCGUUACGAGAGAAAUACAUCGUCUCAGCACUCUUUGGCUUCGGCCUCUUCGCCGCCGUGGCCUCGAUCAUGCGCAUCACCGUCUUGCACAACGUGCAGAGCGCCGAUGUGACCAUCGCGACCGUCCCCGCCCUGAAUUGGUCAGUCGUGGAGGUCGGCACGGGCAUCAUUUGCGCCUGUGUUCCUUGCUUGAAGCCGCUUUUCAAGAAGCUACUGCCCGGCAGGUUCUUCUCCAACGCUCACCCGUCACGCAACGGCGGGCUGAGUAGAGAUGCGCAUGGGCCGGCAGAGGGGGCGGAAAUGCGGAGAAUGAGCAGGCCGGCGGCCAUUGCUAAGGUGGGAAGCAUGAAGUCGGCGCGUUCGACUGUGCGGACGCGAGAGUUUGUCUGA